GCUAUAUUUGGACGCCACUUGUCCAUGGUGUCGGCCAAGGUUGGCGCCUUUUCAGCACCCGAGGCACCGACUCCGUAUGUCGUGCGCCGCGACAGACCCAGCCACGUUGUGCGCUUCAUUCUUAUUCUCAACCUCCUCUCCAUGUCUCUCAAGGCGUACAUCUCGGAGGCUUUUCCGUGGUCCCCGCCGUCCUCCCCCGCGGCCGUCUUUGCCAACUACUCGGAUUUUAACACGUCAACGCUCACCGAGAGCCAAAGUCGGUACAACCGAAGGACGCUGCCGGCCCACAACACGUACACCUUUGAUGUCACUCAAAACAGCCACGUGUUCCGCCACGUCAUCUCUCGAACCCGCCUGGUCCCAGAGCCCGACUGCAUGGGCGAGGUCAUGACGGGCAUUCCAGGGGUGAUGUUUUUCAGUCCACCGGUCCGCUCCAUCGUCUGCAACUGCGCGGCUUCGACCAACAUGACGCCAUGGCAUCUUCAUGGCGCGUGCUUUUAUGACAAGCUGGUCUCGCAGCUCAACGGUCACGCGUGCGUCUGGGUGACGAUCGGCGAUGACGUUGGCGGCACCGAUGCCAACGAGACGAUCACAAUCACCCACGUGUACGCGCCGACGGUGCUCUUGCCAACGUUCGUGUGGCUCAAGCUCCUGUACCGUCUCAGUAUCACGGGCGUUGUCAUGUACCUUCUCCAUACAAAGUACAAUAUACACGUGCGGGAGCUGGAGCUCGCGCUGCGCCGGUAUGGACACCGACGCGACCUUACGGGGCGCUGGUCGUAUACGAUUGUGAUUGGCGAUCCGACCGUGCUGGUCCUCGCGCACCCGCUGGUCACGCUUGGAUUUGUCUUGGACGUCUGGCUGAGCACGGACAACGUCGGGAUCGCAACGCUGCGUGCGUCGCAGCUGAACGACCCGCUGCUUAUGUUUCAGACCACGCUCUACUUGUCUCGACUGGUCUGGUUUGCCUACGCCGCGCUGAGCCUCCUCAACGUGCAGCUCAAGCGCUGCCAUCUCGAGCACUGCUUCAAGGCCGUGGACCCCACCAUGGUGGCGAUUGCCGUCACGAUCUACAGCUUUGCAUUGUCGUGGGCAGGCCAGAACGUGCCGUUGCUGAUUGAGCUCUUCCAGUGGCUCUACCGCCUCCCGGUAUCCGCAUCCCGGCAAAGCGAAGAGUUGGAACUCAUCCUCGGAUGCAGCGUCUUUACGCUCAUGGUCACGAUCGGUCCGGUCACGUACGGCGUCUUUGCCAUGUGCUUGGAAAGUGUGCUCCCCCCACGCCCUGGAAAUCCAUACCACGCUCCGAGCUAUACCAAUAUGAAGAACCGGGUGCUGUACACGCUACUCCACCACUGCGGCUGCUCGAGACAAAACGAGCAAGCGCGACUCUCCCUUGGUGGCGCCGUGCACGAGGUUUUGACCCAGCACCCUCGUGACAAGCGCUGCGUCACCAUGAGCUGGCGCGCGACCGACUGCUUCGUCUUGUGCUACAACGAGAAUAGGGUCCUCGAUACGACGUUGCGUCUGAGUUUGGUCGCGAGUGUCGAUCGCACUCGUCGCGCCGCACGUGACGUCGCCCCCGAUAUGACCUCGGAGCCCUCCGUCUAUGUCGUGAAUCAGCUGGCGCGACACCCGGGCCCCUGGGGCAACGACUCGAGUCCGUACUAUUUUAUGCACCCGGCCACGGGGCCGUCCGCGUGGUGCCUCUAG